AUGUUUUCUGCAGGUAAAACAUACAUUGAAAUUAAAAACAUUCGGACAUAAAUGACAAAAAAAAAGGGGGUUGGAAGUCAUGUAGUACCACCGGUCCCAUCCAUGAGGCAGACUGAGGGAGGUGCCUCCUAUGCCACUGGAGAAGCGAGCAGAAAUGGAUGAGGAAGUUUCUGGUUUCCAGAGAGAUCUCAUGGGAGCCCCUUGAGAUCUCAGUGGCAUGUGGAAGCGGCAGCUGUGCAACCCUGGUAAGCUAGGCUUUGGUGGGGGCGCACAGCAUGGGAUGCCAUCCUCCCUUUUUGCCUUUUUGUGUUGAAAUAGGAUGGGCUGCCCCUGUACAUAGACAUAUAUUAUAAAUAUAUGUUCAUUAAUUUAAAAGCUAACCUGAAUUUCUAGGACUGCUAUUAUGCCAUGGUUAUAUUGAACCUGGGACGUUGAACCUUGAAGAGAGAAGUUUGUUCCUUAGAAAUCCAGACCUCAAUGCUCUGGCACUGAGCUAUGGCACUUCUCUGUAAUGGGUGCUAAAUUGAACAGCUCAGGGUCAUUCUUCUUUUUGCCCUUUUGCCUGAUCACAGUUCAUAAGAGAAUUGAUAAAUUGUUCUUCUCCACCACCUCCUCUACUUGCUUGCUAUUUCACAUUCUUCUACCUCAAGGAGUGUCUCCACCCCCAUUGUUCAACCCAGACACUGAGGUCCAGCUCCAAGGGCCUUCUGAUGGUUCCCUCACUGCAAGAUGUGAGGUUGCAGGGAACCAGGCAGAGGGCCUUCUCAGUAGUGUAGCCUACCCUGUGGAACACCCUCCCAUCAAAUGUCAAGGAAAUAAACAACUAUCUACUUUUAGAAGACAUCAGAAGACAGUCCUGUUUAGUGAAGUUUUUAAUGUUUGAUGUUUUAUUGUGUUUUUAAUAUGGGGAAACCCAUAAAGAUGGGCGGUGCAUAAAUUAUUAUUUAUUAUUAUUAUUAUUAUUAUUAUUAUUAUUAUUAUUAUUAUUAUUAUUAUUAAACAUUCUUAAAUUUCAAGAAACAACAUAUUGUAGUCACACCAUAUAGGUAAAUAUACACAUAUUAUAAAUACCUUUAACACCAUUUCAAAAAGCAUUCCAAAUUUCAACAUUGAAAGGGAUGAUAAAUUGGACCUCCCCAGCAUGGUGCCAGUGAUUCAUCCUUCAACUCCUUCAAGCCAAAGCUUGUCACCUGACUGGGACUGGUGCACUGGUUUCAAGAAGCCUAUAUGGGGCACAAUCCAAAACUCCCUUGUGGAGAGAAGACAAACAGAUUGCACUUGUUUUCGUAAUGCAUUUUCCACCUCUACCAACCCACUGUCAGUUGUACAGUAUGGGCCGCCAAUGUACAUAUUAUAAAUACCUGUAACAUCAGUUUAAAGGUUAUUCCUGUUUAGGGAAGCUUUUAAUGUUUAAUAGGUUAUUGUAUUUUAGUGUUUUGUUGGAAGCCGCCCAGAGUGGCUGGGGGGACCCAGCCAGAUGGGCAGGGUAUAAAUAAUAAAUUAUUAUUAUUAUUAUUAUUAUUAUUAUUAUUCCAAAUAUCUAGGACUGCUAUUGUGCAAUGGUUAUACUGAACCUGGGAUGUUGAACCUUGAAGAAAUCCGGACCUCAGUGCUCUGGCACUGAGCUAUGGCUCUUCUCUGUAAUGUGUGCUAAACUUAGGGUAUCUGGGUAAUUCUUUUUGAUCACAGUUCUUAAGAGAAUUGAUGAAUUUUUCUACUCCACCACCUUCUCCACUUGCUUGUCUUUCACAGUCUUAUUACAUAACAUUCUUAAAUCUCAAGAAACAACAUGUUGUAAUAACACCAUAUAGGUAAAUAGAACCACGUUUUCCCCCUUGAGGAUGUUUCCUCUAAGACAAUAUUCAUAAGUAUAUCAUAUACAGUUACUGGAUACAUGCUGACUCUGAAUUUGCUUACAAGGAAAUUUAUUGACAUUCAAGCAAUUAUUAUUCUAAAAGUCACACAGGGAAUUGUAUUUCUUCAAUUAGGUGAGAAUUCUAAUUAAAAUAAAUAUGGAAAAUAAGGAAAAUACUCCCGUCAACUAAGAAUAGGCAACUGCAGUGCACCAGGCAGCAGGGUCCGAUUUGGUGACAGCCCAAUUUAAAAUAAAUGUGGGAAAUCAGGAAAACAAUUUACAGCAUUAAAUCUCUAUGCUAUCUCACUCUGCUCAUAUUCUCUCUUUCAGUCACCCUUCUCUCUUUGUUUGAUCAAACCGCCUGGCAAGUCAGAAUCUCAUUCUCUUUAUUUAUCUGUCUAAAUUUCUUGCAUUUCCCCUUCUUACAGGAUCUAAUGGAAAGGCUUGUAAACAACUGGGAGGCCGUUGCAUUCCUUUCGGGUAUGAACACUAUUGCAACACUAACGAAUACAUUAAACCUUCCGACUGUGUCCACUCUUACGUGUGCUGUGUGAAAGGAAAGAUUUGUAAACGACGGGGAGGCAAUUGCAUUUCUGAGAAGGAAAAAUGCCCCAGCAACGAAUACAUCAGCAAAACCGACUGUGACAGUGGUCAAGUGUGCUGCAAGAAAUGA